ACGGCAGACACAGUACAGGAGAUGACCAGAGACUGCGGACACAGUACAGGAGAUGACCAGAGACUGCGGACACAGUACAGGAAAUUACCAGAGACUGCGGACACAGUACAGGAAAUUACCAGAGACUGCGGACACAGUACAGGUGAUGACCAGAGACUGCGGACAUACUACAGGAGAUGACCAGACACUGCGGACACAGUACAGGAGAUGACCAGAGACUGCGGACACAGUACAGGAGAUGACCAGAGAGCGCGGACACAGUACAGGAGAUGACCAGACACUGCGGACACAGUACAGGAGAUGACCAGAGACUGCGGACACAGUACAGGAGAUGACCAGAGACUGCGGACA